GUGGAUUAGAAUGGAGUUCGUGUGACCUGUCUGGGGCGCUGUUGUUCUGGAUUUACGGUUCGAGGCUGCUUGCUUUUGGAGGCAUAUUCUCUCUUUCAAUAAUUUCUCCCUCGAUCCGCAGUGUUAGCUCAGCGUCUGUCCGAGCGGACCCGCUUUAUCAUGGCCGUCUGAAUCUGGAUCCGAUCGCAGUCUCGAGUCUCAUCUCCUUUCCCCCCAUUUUCCUGACGUCGGGAAUUGAUUAUCGGUGUCGAUCUUUUCGCGAAUCGUUUCUUGUGGACUAUCGCUUCAUUUGUGCCAAUGUUCAAACAUGCAGCCUCCGCCGAGAAAGGUAAAAGUGACACAGGAACUGAGGAACACACAUAUCGAUCAGAUCAGCCGUCUCCACCUCAAACAUCAGACGGAAUGUGAUUUAUUAGAAGAUAUGAGAACAUACAGCCAGAAAAAGGCCACACUGGAGAGAGAUUACGCACAGGCCCUGCAGAAGUUGGCGAGUCAGUAUUUGAAGAGGGAUUGGCCCGGUAUCAAACCAGACGACCAGAGAACCGACUACAGGAAUGUGUAUGGAGUGUGGAGAGCGUAUCUGGAGGGCACCGUGCAGGUGACCCAAUCGCGCCUCAACGUCUGCGAGAACUACAAGAACGAGAUUUCGGAGCCGGCCAAAACCGUUCGCUUCUACAAAGAGCAGCAGCUGAAGAAGUGUAUUGAGCAGCUGGGCCGAAUCCAGGCGGAACUCCAGGACUCUGUGAAAGAUCUGGCCAAGUCCAAAAAGAAAUACUUUGAGUUGGAGCAGAUGGCCCAGGCCGUGCGAGAGAAGGCUGACAUUGAGUCCAAGUCAAAGCUCGGCCUCUUCCAGUCCAGGAUUAGUUUACAGAAGGCCAGUGUGAAGUUGAAAGCCAAGAGAAGCGAUUGUAACUCAAAAGCGACACACGCGAGGAACGAAUACCUACUCACGCUGGCGGCGGCCAACGCACAUCACGACCGCUACUAUCAGACCGACCUGGUGAACUGCAUCAAGGGUCUGGAGGGAAGCGUGUACGACCAUGUGAAGGAUUAUCUCGUAUCCUUUUGUCGUACUGAAUUGGAAGCAUUUCAAGCCAUCCACAACACCUUCCAGUUCCUCCUGGAGAAGUCCAGCCGGGUUAUGCAGGACUUUAACCAGCAGCUGUUUCUGCAGGAGAACCCCGUGUUUCACAAAGAACAAGACUUUCAGUUCCAGCCCUGUGACAGCGAUAUGAGUCGGCAGCUGGAGUCGGAGACGGGCACCACCGAAGAACACAGUCUCAACAAAGAGGCGAGGAAAUGGGCCACGCGGGUGGCCCGCGAACACAAAAACGUCAUCCAUUACAAACGGACUCUUGACGAGUGUGAGACGCUCGGGACUCCGACAACAGAACAGAGCCGGAAUGAGCUGGAAUGCCGAAUAGAGGAAGCCAAAGAAAUCCGUAAAGCAGAGACGGUAAAGCUGAAGGCUGAAGCUCGUCUGGAUCUUCUGCGGCAGGUGGGCGUCUCAGUAGACACAUGGUUAAAGAGUGCCAUGAAUCAGGUGAUGGAGGAGUUAGAGAAUGAACGCUGGGCAUCGCUGCCCACCCUCACUACCCACGACCUCUCUCUUUCAACCACGGUGGAUUUGGAGCGAGAGGAAGGAGAGGAACUAGAGGAGAACAUGGAAACACAUGACGACAGCAGCUCAAGUCCUUCAGGGACCUUGAGGAACUAUCCGCUCACAUGUAAGGUGCUCUACUCCUACAAGUCCUCCCAGCCGGAUGAGCUAACAAUCGAUGAGCAUGAGAUGUUGGAGGUCAUAGAAGAUGGAGACAUGGAGGACUGGGUGAAGGCGCGGAAUAAGUCCGGUCUGGUGGGCUACGUUCCGGAGAAAUACCUGCAGUUCCCCACGUCCAACAGCAUUCUGAGCAUGCUGCAGUCUCUUGCCGCUCUGGACUCGCGGUCACACACCUCAAGUAACUCCACAGAACCCGAGCUGACCUCAGGAAGCUUCAACGGAGACGCCAGCAUGAGUUUUGCUAAGGCCAUGUAUGACUAUGAGGGUCAGACAGACGACGAGCUGUCCUUCCCCGAGGGCGCCAUCAUCCGCAUCCUCAACAAAGACAACCAGGAGGACGACGGCUUUUGGGAGGGCGAGUUUAACGGGCGAGUGGGUGUCUUUCCGUCCGUGCUGGUGGAGGAUCUGACGGCCUCGGAGAACGGAGACUCUCACUGGCUGACGGACGCGCAAGUGUCACCGUGUCAAAGGCUUCAUUCAUCUCUUCCUCCUCUGCCGUUAUACGAUCAGCCUCCCUGCAGUCCGUACAUGAGCCCAGAGACAAGCUCCGCCCCCUCCCUGCCCCGCUCGCCGUCCGUCAACGGAGAACACAAACUGCCCGUGCUGCAGAAAGCACCUGUUCACAAUCACAGUUCCACCUUAAGUCCAGAGAGUCCGGGUUUCUCCUUACCAUUGAGACUCACUCCAGACGGAUCCGGGCCUGGCAAACUCAGACCCGUUCGGGCAGCUCCUCCUCCUCCAAAGCAACACCCCCGCAAGCCGGUGGAGAAAACUGAAGAGGUGGAGAUCACUCUGGUGUAGAGCUCCGCCCCAUUUGGAGAACAACCCCAUUUGACCCCCAACCCCUCCCACUGCUCUCUGGAGGGGCGGGGCUUUCUUUAUCCCACCUUGUGAGCAUCCUUAUUUCCCUGAGGGCCGGAGAACAGCAUCUCGACGGCAUCGCCUCCACUCUUCCUAAAAACACCUACAGAGACUGUUUGGUGCCUUAAAGCGCUUUCAUGCCAAACGUUAAUCCUUGUAUUCGUAAUUAUUGUACAAAGUUCAUAAAUCCACUCAACGACAGCAGCAUUUACACAAAUAGACUGAUGAGUAGAAAUGAGGAUUUUGUAGGUGUUUGUUGAUUCGACAGACUUGCACAUUCAUACCUUCAGCAGGCUUUUCAAAGAGCCGGACAUGCAAUACUAGGAACGCCGGGAGAAUACAGAAGGACGGGAAUGUUCGGGGGUCGGUCGGGAAUAUUAACCAUUUACGUGUUUCAUGUGUAACAGCACAGUACAUUACUGUCGUCAUAGGAAUGUGUGAGAUCGAAGGGACAUCUCAAGGAGAAAGGGAACUGUACAUACGGUUGGAUGAAAAGUGGAAAGAGGGGACGGAGACGAGAGAUAGACCGAAGAGAAGAAAGGCGGGUUCCUUUCCUCUUUUCUGCUCUUUCGCCUCCUUCCCCCAGCCGGGAUAUUUCUCUUUUGUCGUGUUGAUCUGAAAAAUGUACUAACCUUCAAAACUAUAUCCUUCCUCAGCUUUUCAUUAUGAAGACCAGUGUUUGUACGUAUUACUAAUAUUUAGUCCUCAAAAGAACUCGUUGAGACCGAUUUAAGGAUGUUGUGACGUUUUUGAGCGAAAAUGUGUUGACGUGUGUGUGUGUGAGUGUGUGUGAUCGGGCGGAACAUAAUCAUUAAUAUACAGAUGAAUAUACAAAUAUCAGUUAAAGUGCUUUUUCCAGCCUAACGCAUUUCGUCGUUGUAUCACCACUGUCCAGAACAACAUGAGUUUUCUUUUCUUUUUUUGGCAGUAUUUAAAUGGGGAUGAAUCUGUUUGAUGUUGUGAGUGAAGGUUCCCUCAGACAAGCACAGAAAAGACUGAAGUGUGACGGAAAGACUGAUAUGGAGACGUUUUGUUUGAAUCUUUUUGUUGUGUCCUAAGUGCAUUUCCUCUGUACAGGGGGCAGCUAUGUUCUUUUGUUUUUCUUUUGUGGCGUUUCAUUGGUACAAUUGAAAUGCCUGUAAUUUACAUCAUCAUGCAUUUAUCAUCUGUAAAGUUCCCCAUGUGCAUAUCUUUUAAUGUGUCCCUGCACUUUUCUGGAUUCACAGUGCUUUGACUGACCCUUUAUUUUAUACGGUUUUAUUGGUCUUUGUAUCCCAGCUGCCUCUCGUCAAUGCUAAAGCUGCCCGAGGUUGUGUUAUUAAUCUUGUACGUGUGAUUGGUUAUAAUUUUACCACACAGUUUUGUAAGAGAUAUGUUAUUCCAUAAUGUAGACGAUGGAAAGAAAUUGAAAAAAAAGCUCCAUUUUGUGAAAUGGUACCAUAGUUCUGUUAAGCAAGAACAGGGUGAUAAUGAAAAGAACUUGAGUGUGUAAGAGUGAGAUGUUGUAGAAAAACAAACAUUUGUUCGGUAGCCUUUUUUUAAUCAGAGCGGAAGAUGUUGGAAAAUCUUCUCUUUGUUUUCUAUUUUCCUCGAUCACAGCCUAUUUUCUUGUUGAUCUCGUUGAGAUCUUUUGAAUGUUAUCAAACUUGUUUUGAAGUUUAUGGUUAGAGGUUAAAGCCCAUCGUGUCAAAAACUGUUCUCGCCUACAAAAGCAACGCAAAUUUAGGAUUGUUUUUGACGCUCCCAGUUUUCUUGGCCAGUUUCACAUCUUUGAAGCUUCUUCAAUAGCAUUAGCGGCAUAAUCUAGUUGUUUUUUUUCAAAGUGUUUUUAUUUGCAUUUCUUAAAUUUUGAAAGUCAUUCAGAGCUGCUAGAGAACCGAUGGAAAAACAACAAUUGACUGUUGCCUGCAGUGACAAUAUCAGAGAACAGGUGAAAAAUAUUCUUUCUGCAUAUUAUUAGCUGUAAAAUUAUUUGUAUUUAUUGUGUACAAAUGUUAAAUAAAAAAAUUGAGGAAAGUUC